AUGGCUUCUCGCGUGCAUCCCUCGCCGACAAUCCUGCUCCCAGACCUCCCUCUCAAGACCCUCGUCGGCAUCGACCUCAUCACCUUCACUUCGACCAGCAACUUCCACGGAAUCAAGGAUCUGCCCAGCGGCUGGCAUUUUCUCUACAGUGGCACAACAGAGAGCCUCUCGUUGCGAUCAGGAGCAUGGUUCUACAUCGGCGAUAUCAGCGCCGCGGGCACAGAACAAAGCGACUCUGCGCUCGUCCGAGCACAACCCCCAAACCCCGGCGCAGAGAUCUACAUAUGGAAAUGGAGUGCCGAGACCGAGUCCCUGGCCACGCUGCGCGGCGACAGUGAUGCUGACCGCCAGGAAGCAAUGCGCUACAAGGCCAAUCUCAGCUCCAUCUGGCAGCGAGGUGGACUGUUCCGGUAUCGAAGCCGGGUGUCUGCGCCGUGGCGGGCUAAUCAGCGCGGCUCAGAGCAAGCUGGUGUGGCCGAGGCUGAAGAAGAUAGCGAGGCGGAAGAGCAGGGCAGGAAGGACUGGCGACAGCUUACGAGUCGGAUAUCCCCUCAGAUGCUGUCCCGUGUUGUCGGAGACCCGAAUUACGAUGUUGAUGGCCAUCCGCGAUGGAUGGUUACCUCUGCUAGCUCGGCGAGCCGCGAUGCGGAUCACAUUCCUGGUCUCGAUACUCCGACCGUUGGUCCGGACGGGGUGCCUGGGGCUAUGGGGCAACAAGAGAGAGAUUUCGGGUUUCUUCCUAUCGAUCUAAAACGAACUUGGAGAGAAGGUGCGAUUGGGCGAGAGCGGACGGACGCUGCUCAAGAUCGAUCCUGGGCUCUGGGAGAUUUGAUCUCGCGAUAUUCGAGUAGAAUACUCGGGGAAACGGCCAUCGAUGAACGAGAGGGCGAGUCCCAGGUACUCGGGGAGAUACAAUUCACAUUCAUCAUGGUUAUGACUAUGAUGAAUUACUCCUGUUUACAACAAUGGAAGAGAUUGGUGGAGCUCGUGCUUACUUCUCGUCAAGCGAUAUUGGACCGGGAGCAUUUCAUCAGUGCUUUUCUUCGCCUUCUGUUACAACAAUUAAAACGAUGUGAUGAUGUCGAGGGCGGAGUGUUCGAAAUCGACGGAGACGAUGGUGGCGCAUUCUUACGCGAACUGCUUGUGAAGUUUCGGCGGUCCGUGGACUUUAUGCUUGAAGAUGGGGCCAGAUCUACCGUCAAGGUGGAGCUUGCCAAAAUCGAGAGAUGGGUCAAGGAAGAAUUUGACUGGGACUUGAAACCAGCAGAUUUUGUCAAAAGAGGCAUGUUACAGCUAGAGGACGGUGAACAGGUUGAGAUGGAUGUUUCGGAUAACGACGAGGAUGAGGAGACUGGUGAGUAUGCGCCGGUCAUCGUGGAGGAAGGUGGUGGUACUCUAUGA